AUGUCAGCUGUUCCUUGGAAGCAGGAGAUCAACUUCGGGAGUGCACUGCUGCUGCAUUCUUGUAUCACUGUCUUUCUCAAGGAGAUCAGCAAUGGCUUCGCAGUACUCUACCAUCUCUCGAUCCGUCAUAGGGACAAGGCUGGAAUCAAGACAUCUAUCGUGCUUGAUGGCUACACUUCCGUCUUUUCGAAAGAUCACGAUGGUGAGCUUGCAGAGCUGUACUUUACCAACACUGGGUUCAUUCUCUUGAUCAUCUCCCUCGCCUGUGCUAUUGCGAUGAACCUACUUCUACCAGCCACUGUACUCAACACUCUUAUCGCAGCGACAUUCGGCUUGACAUUCUUCGCAUCAGCAUUGGUGGCUUGCCGAGAGAGAAGCCUAGUGAUGCCGAUCAUGGCACUGAGAAGGGCUGGUCGUUUCAUCUGGUCCGAUACUCCGUUCGUGAACUUCUUCACGUUGAUCUAUGUCGCAGUAGUCUUGAAGGGUUCAUCUGAUAAGAUAGUACUCAGAGACUACGUGGUGUUCCGGUCUAUUGCCAUCCUCGAGUUGGUGUUCAUGAAGGCGAGAAUCGCAGCGGCUUCUGUAGAUAUACAGCAGACGAUGUUGGAACGACUCCUCGACAGCGAGUAUGUCAUGGUCAGAGGUGUAAGUUACCAGAAUUUAAUGCACUUUCAAAAUGCAAGAACAUCUCUCAUUUCGACAGAAAGCCUUUCCAAAUCCACGAACUGCACCGCCGUUGCUCGAGCGUGA